ACAAAACUGAUACCGUUUGUGCAGUUCAUUCGAUAGCAGUAUAAAAUAAAUAUACUUGAUAAAAAAAUUUGGCUCUGGUGUAUACGUGUUGUGCUGUGCAAGCGACGAUGUAGAAUACGUCGCAUAUCCGAGUUUUGUUUGGUUCUGUAUUGAUCGGAAUUUAGCAUACUAGGUCAAUAAAAAAGGUUUUGCAUCCCAAUCAGUGCAGAAUUUUUUUCCUUGUCAAGGUCAACUCACUCUUAAAAUGCUGACAGAAACCGAUCAGAAGAACGACGAACAAGUGCAAAAACAUAAGGGUAUUCCAAUGCCUAUACAACAGAACAUUCACUUCAAAAGCACAACCGAAUACACCGACAGCCUUAUGGCGAGCAAUUAUAAUAAGCUCCAAAUGCAACUCAACACUCGCUAUAUAUCACAAAUUUGCUGCCCUCGCAGGAUUCGCGUUUCACUGCCGCAUGUUCGGAUGCGACCGUAUUUCGUGCCGCAGCGCUCACGGACUAAAAGCGAAAACUCCGACACAUCGAGCCUGAUGAAUUUGGAAACCAUUCCUGCCACCGACGCCGUCCGGCCUAGCCUAAACUGCAGCCUCAUGAUGGAGACCUGUGAUCCAUCAUUUUCGCAGAUGGACACUUCAAAUCAACAGCACCAACAACAGAUGGCAAGCAUGCCGGAAAAGCGCAAUACUUUGGUGAAAUCAAAAUCGUUAGAAAAUUUGGCACAGGCUGCAAGGUCGGUGGACGGGUCACAGCCUUCGCAUGAAAUGGAAUUCGUGUCUAGUCGUAUCCAAAAAUUGAAGGUGCAAGAAUAGUGUGCAUCGAACACUAAAUGUCUAUUAUACAUACACACAGAACAGUUCGACAACUCGCAUUGUCGAUUUUACAAUACGUGAUUUUAACACGAUAAAUGACCGACACUGAUAGCGUUAAGCUUGUGUGGAAUUUAUGCUUUUAAGCAUAAGGAUUUUUACUAUUGUAUAACAAUAAGUCAAAAUAAUGCAGUUUAGUAGCAUUUUUACACUAGCGAAAAAGUAAAUAUUUGUACACGGGACAUAGACAAAUAUUGCCACUAGUUACCUUGCUUAGCGCAGUUUGAAACUAGUUUUUAAUUUUAGCGGUGGCAGAUCUUCAGUUCCGAAGCAGGCACGGACAGUUUAAUUUCUGUAGUGAGUAAAUUAUUUAAAUAAAUAAAUGUUUUAUAGAGAGGAAAC